UGCAGUUUUGUUUGUCGAAUCAUUAACUCUGCCAGGUUCGCCUGCCUGUUCCAAGCCAGGAGAAAAGAGGAGGAUGUAUAACAUAAUUCAUUACCAAAGAAAAGAAAACGCAUGGCUCAUUGUCCUGUAUAUGUGUAGUAUCUUUGGAAAUUGUGUGAACUGUGAAAAACCUGUGUAGGUUCAUCGUGUUGAUGAAUGUCCUCAUCACAAUAAUUUAUCAGCAUGGUUUGAAGCCUCAAAGAGACUCAACUGUUUUCAUAAUUUGACAUCUGAAGAUCCAAAGGAGCAGACCAGAGUUUAUCAUUGUAUUCCAAGUGUGUUUCUCAAUGAGACGGUGGAGUUUUGUGGAAGAAAUGAACCAAUACAAGCAGGGAAUUGUCCGAUUUACAACUACAGAUACGCGGCCAAUACUUCACCAAGCUACUACAAUUGUACAAAAUUUACCUCAGGCUGUCCUUCCAAAAUGUACUUCUCAAAAGAUGUUUACAAACACAAAGAAUGCAUCGAAAUUGAUGUGACUAAAAAAUGUUAUGUUGCCGAGAUCUGCAGCCAAAUAAGUGAUAAUGAAGACAAGAGAACGACGAGGCCUAUAAGUACUACGACAAACAGCAUUAGGUCUGAUGAUCGGGAUUGUGAUACAGAAAACACAUGUAUAGGUAUUUGUGGCGCGGUAGCAGCUUUGUUGAGCAUCAUAUUAAUUCUCACCAUCAGCUUGAUCACAAUCUACGUUAGAAAUGAACAGAAAAGGAAGAGAAGGAAUAAAGGAGAGAAAGAAGAAAAUUGCCCCUUGCUGCCAGUAGCAGACGAUGACAUGAGAGGUGUUAGAAAAUGCAUUGAAUUGCCGGGACUAUCCGCACUCAAAAAGUCGGCAGAAUUCUUUCAUUUUAAUAGAUUCGUCACAGAACUGUCCACAGAAAUAAACAGGGAGGAUAAAUUACAAGAUUUAAAAAAUCUUGCUCUCGGUGUUGAAGUUACACAUAAAGAAUCUCUACACAGUGCUGAGGAUUUUCUAAAAUUUCUUGUUUUGAGCCACUCUCUGCAUAAAAAUUUGGUAUAUCUCCAAGUGCUAUUCAUCCGUGUUAACGCCAUUAAUCUGACCACUCUUUGCAUGAAAUUUGGGGAAAACCAUCGUUUGUUAUAUCUUGAAUUGAAGCAAACAUCUAAAGGUGAUGAGUACAUUAUUCAUCAUUUUGAGGCGUUUGGGGAUGCUGACUUGGAUUCUCUGAGGAAUGCAGUGUGCACAAUGCUAGAAACUGAUGAACAAAGAAUUCGUAUUCAAAGCAUGUGAUAAAAAGACUUUCAUAUGUAUCAUAAGAUGCAUACUUAUUAAGUAUA